UCUGUUCAUUAUUCAAUGGAUGAAGUAAUAAUUAAAAAUGAUUCAAUUUCUCGAUUGGGAUAUAGUAAUGAUGCUCAGUUAAAAAUGACUCAACACAGUACACGAAAAGUUUCUGUAAAAUGUGGUAUUUUAAAAUUGGUAUUUGAACCUACAGACAUUUACGCAGAAAUUUAUGUAAAUUAUGAUGAUAAUGUUUAUUAUUAUUCAAAAUCAAAAAAAGUAAACAUCAAUUUUAGGAAAAAUGACAUCGUUGUAACAAAAAAAAAAGUUGAGUGUAACUUUUCAUAUGAUGAAGAUGGUAUUAAUGGUUUAGAGUUAUAUAUAAGGAGUUUACACAAAAAAAUUAUAUUUCAUGUCUUUAAAAUUUAUAACAGUAAUCUUGAAGGUAUUAGUCUUUCAGUUAAAUCUACGGUUUAUAAUAAAAAAUUAAGACCUCUAAUUGAAAAUGUUCUAAAUUCCUCUUUAUGGAAUUAUGUCAAAGAUGAUCUUGUUGAAUUGAAAAAUUCUAAUGAAAAUGUUUGUAUUAUGACAUUGGAAAAUUUCAUAAAUAACUCAAUAAUGGAUAAAAUAACUGUUGAAGAAAUUCUACAUAAGAUAAUAACAGUAAUGAAUAAUCGAACUACUAGAUAUGUGCUUUUACUAGCUAUAUAUGCCUAUGAGGUACUAACAAUUGAUUAUUAUUUUAUAUCAAAUCCAUUUUGGGAUGAAUUAAUGAAAUAUUUUACAACAUUGAAUGAAGCCAAGAUUAAAUUGGCUAUGGACAUUAUAAUAAAAAAUUCCAUAGAACAAUUAAAAAUGAAGAAUAAUUAUCGCAUAGAAAACUUUAUUUUGAAAGAUUUGAUAAAGGUAUGUACAAUUAUUUUAUAUCCGUCCAAACAAUUUUACGAACAUAAUUUUAAAGAGGCAAGAAAUUCAAAGUCUGAAAAUUCGAAUACACACAUAUUGGAAGAAAAUGUAUUAAAUUACGUUUUAGAAGAUUUUCAUAAUAUACCUAAAUUUAAUGUUAUACCAGAUACACUAGAUGAAUUAAAAGAAAAAUUGAAGAAAAUUUUCGAGUUAAUUGACAUAGAAUACACAAAUAUUCUUGAAACAGACUUUGUAACUUUAAAUAAUUUCAUUAUAUAGAUUAUAUCUAUCUUAGGAUAUAUUUAUCUUCUAAAACAUUUUAUAAUAAUUAAAUACUGAUUUAAUGUCAAAAAUAAAAAAUUCCGUU